AUGAUUGGAUUUUGGAGGCAGAUGCGCCUCCUUCUAUGGAAGGGGGUGCUGGUGAAGUCUAGGCAAAAGUUUUGGUUGACCGUUGAACUUCUCGUUCCGCUUAUUCUGUUUAUAAUUUUGGCUCUUGUUCGAACCAGGGAUUUCACUGACUUUGAACCGCAGUGUCAUUAUGAUUCUAAAGGGUUCCCAUCCGCUGGUAUUCUCCCGUUUUUACAUUCGUUUCUCUGUUCAUUUUCCAAUGAUUGCCAUCUGUCGCCUACGACUGGCGAUGAACAACGAUAUAUCCACGAUGGGAGGGACAAAAACGAAUCAGUAAUAGUCGACGCCCUUUACUACUCGUCUCAACAGCUUGAAUGGAUUGGUGAAAAUCCGUCCAAAUUCUCGCAGUUACUCGAUUCUUUCACCCAACUCGUUAAGAUACUCGCACGGAUUAAUGGCACCCAGAUCGAAUUGCCCAAGCUCUAUCAGUUCUUUCGACCAUCGGUCAACGUCAGUCAGACGCUGCUCGAUUUGGGCCUUACUCAAGAAGCCUCAGACGCGUUGGCCACUGCAACGCUGACGCCAACAUUUUUUCUGAGGGCUUUUGAUUACGUAAAAGAGCUUCGCUCCAAGCCGAAGAUUCUUCUAGCGUUUAUGGCUUUUCGCCCGGUUCCCAUAUUGUGUAAUGAAACGAUCUUCGAUAGCAGCUUCGUAUUACUCCCAAACAUAACUCUGACUGAUGAAGAUCGACGUUCGUUGUGUGGGGUGUCUCCAUUGGCUUUGUUAACGUACUACUCGGAAUAUCAAGACAGAAUAACGUUGGAAUCCUAUCCGAGUUUCCGUGGUGCAAAUGUGACUUUGGAAGAACUGUCUCGGGCAGUGUCGACGUUGCUCCCAUUGGUCCAAGAGCAACCGAUUUUCGAGGGCUUCUCGAAAUGGAACCAUCUUCUCUCAGGCUCUCUCAAUAAUAUUACAUCCGCGAUCUUCUGCGGCGAUAAUCCGUUUGAUAUCGCUACAGAUGGAAUGGGGCCUGUCCCAACGAAUGCCAAGACGCCGUUUGAUGAAUUACGUCUGAGUCUCAUCGAAUUCAUAGAAAAGAUCGUGCCUGGUCAGCAGAAACAUGAAAAACAGUUCUGUCAUGAUGUAUGGUUGAACAACCCACUCCGAAUGGCUGAUUUUGUUCGGCAGCAGUUGUAUAAAUAUCCAGAAAUUGCUGACAAUCUUCAAACUGGACUUUAUGGAAGUGAUCUACGAGCUGCUAGUAUGAACGUUCUGGUAUUUCUUCAACGGUUUGGCAAGAUGUUACCAGUAGAGCCAGAACUACUGAAGAGCAUGGAAUUUGCGCUGGAGCACAUUUUCGCCCCCGCUACUGAUCCGUAUUCGUUCGGUGCUUUGACGAAGAAUGUCACGGAGACAUUCAACCAGUACGCUACGUGCUUUCUGUUGGAUCGUUUCGUGACGGUGACAAACGAAUCCGUGAUGGAAGAGACGGCUACAUGCUUGGCUGACUAUCAGCAGUACUUCUCAGGGAUUGUCGUCAUGAAUAUGACUGAUAAUGCUACUGAAUUCGAUCCAAUAACGUUCUACAAAAUCCGACAUCUACCAAGCCUUGUCGACAAUACCUACUAUUACGAAGACAAUCCACGAAGAGUUUUUGAUCGAAACCACCCAUUCAGCGAUCUCAAAUAUCUCACCUACGGUUUCUCGUUCCUCCAAGAAGCAGUCGAACGAGCGAUCAUUGGGCUUCGUGUAAGCUCAAAUCGAACCCUCGGUAUGUAUGCACAGCAGGAACCAUAUCCGUGUGUUGCCUUUGACAAAUUUAAUAUAGUCGUAUUCUUGGGGCUGUUUACAAUAUUGUCGUUCAUUUGUCCGGCUGCAUUACUUGUAAAGAAUAUUGUAUACGAAAAGGAGCUGCGUCUGAAGGAGCAUAUGCGUAUUAUGGGUCUGGGCGAUAUGGUACAUUUAUGGUCGUGGGCGGUUAUCUCAUUGGUUUUAAAUCUCAUUAGUACAGCUAUCAUUGCCGCCAUUAUCAAGUUUGGCAAUCUACUGGUAGUUGUGGAUUUCUCGUUGAUUUUCGUCUUUCUGAGUCUAUUCGCAAUGUCGUCAAUCGCUUUAUGCCUUCUUUUGUCGACAUUCUUCACCAAUGCGAAUAUUUCAACUGCAGCUACCUGCCUCAUAUAUUUCUUGUUCUUCUUUCCUUUUCAAAUCAGUCUAAAAGCGAGGAGCAAGACUUUCACGCAGUUCACUCUUAUAUUCCCCCAGACUACACUUGGUUAUGGUUCGGCUAUGCUAGCAAUGUAUAGUGAUGACGGGAAAGGAACUUGGAAAGACAUUGAUAGUAUCUAUUUGGAAGCUUAUGAUGUCAGCUUGGUGAAUUGUAUGGUGGCGUUUGCGUUGCAGAUAGUAUCGUUCAUCUUAUUGGCAUGGUACAAAAGUGCUGUUUCUCCAGGUGUGGAUUUAUUUUCGAAAGAGUGUGCUUAG